AUGGCUAUUGUCUACGGAUUGCCCACGGUGGCUUCCACAGUAGCAGCAGCGUUUGCAAUUAUCGCUAUCAUUCUUGGAGCAUGUCUGCCAUCGAGGAUCAAGCUCAUUCAUCUCAUCAGGCUGUCCUGGUCUCGUACAGCUUCACUUUACCUUCCCCUUCCUGAAUGGGUUCCAGCCAUCGCCACCCUCUUCCCUCCGCUUACAGCACUGGCACUAUAUCUUGUCAAUCAACUCGCCCAGCCAGCUGCAGAUAACCGCCAGUCAUCUAGCCCUUGGCGACGAUUCUUUCCCGUCAUCAACCACCUCCAAUCCAUCAUAACCACAGUCAUCGCCACCGUGGCCCUCGCCUAUCUAUACCCAGAGAGCGUCACAACCUGCCGACUGGAGCAGGAAUGGCAGUCGUACUUCCGCGCGAAAGAUGCUCAACCGAUCCGUGCUAUUCAGGACGAGUUCCGCUGCUGCGGAUUCCGGAGUAUCCAUGACCGAGCGUGGCCGUUCAAGGAUAAGACCACCGGGGAUGAUGCUUGUGAGGUACAAUUCAAUUACGGGACAAGCUGUCUGGUCCCGUGGAGACAGCAGCAGCAGAGUGCUUCAUGGAUGGUUUUUGCAGCUGCUAUUUUGACUCUACUCAUGAAGGUUGCGUUAUACCAGGCCCUGCGUCAGCGACCGAGCUGGAUGACAAUGCAGUUUGGCAGACAGGCACGCAGUCAGCAGCGGAUCACGCACGCUGCGUUGGAGGAUGAAGACACCAAUGAUGACGCGGAGGAGGGGCAGCGGGGAGCGUUCCUGCCUCGUGCGGGGAAUUGCCAGAGUUGGACAUGUUACAACGUGUUUCCCGCGAUGGGCUCCAAAACCCUAGGCCUGAAGAAGUACUCACCGCGGUCUCGAACAGGGUGCCGGACGUGUCGUGCACGACGGAUUAAAUGCGACGAGACACCAGGACCAUCAUGCAAGAACUGCACAUCGACAGGUCGUACUUGCGACCGAUCCCCGCAGUUUCAGCUCCCCAUCAAAGCGCGCCUUCGACACGCUAGUCACCUGCACAACUACAUUUCCACCAACCUGCCCGGUAUGACAGCCGACGAGCGCCGCUGUCUCGCCUUAUUUCAGACAUAUACGAUGCCCAUGCUGACCGGGUUAUGUGACUCGGAACUCUGGCAACGCCUUGUGCUACAGAUGAGUCAGAUGGAGCCGGCAGUUGGACACGCUGUCGCAGCGCUGGGGGCAUUCCACGAAACUACGACUGUGGGUGUAGCUGGUAUGAAUAACGAUUAUCAGCUCUUUGCACUGGAGCAAUACGGGCGGGCGAUUGCGGUUCUUCGUCGCCGCCUUGCAUCCGGGUCCGGGGAUCCCCAGCUACGGAUUACAGCGUUGGUAUGCUGUGUGAUCUUUGUGGUGCUAGAGUUAUUGCAAGAUAAUUACGGAAACAUAUUGGUGCAUCUGAGAAAUGGGAUAUACAUCCUUAUGAAUGAGACUGGCCCGAAAGCGAGGGAAGCAAUAUUCAGAUCCCUUCCCGCUGGUCCGAAAAAUGAUAGUGAGCGAGAAGAGGACGCGGUUUUCACGCAUAUGUUUGCGCAGUUGACGGUCCAGGCAGCGCAUUUCAGCGAGGAUUCAGUGAUGAGGUUGCAACCAUUGGAUGCGCAUCUCUCCACGGUGCAUUACGACAGUAUAGAAAUUCGCAGUCUAAUUGAGGCAAAGGAUACGUUGGACCCGUUGAUUGAUAGCAUGGUGCGCUUCUGGACGCGCUGCGAAGCAGAGCUUCGAGAUUGCUCUGCAGAUCAUUAUCCUCUCUAUGUCGAGCGACAACGGCAAUACAGUAACAUACAACGCCAUAUCAACGCCUUUGAGACAUACGUGUCCCAAGCCCAACACUACUCGCCCAAGGAAACUCGAGCUAUCGAUACAAUCCGCGUCAGUCACAUCGUCAUGAGUACCUAUAUCGCCACCUUCAUGGAUCUCACCGAGACCAUCUACGACCGAUUCCUAGCACGAUGGACCCGAGCCGUAAUUUUGACAGAGCAGAUCGUUGCCAGUAUUCAAACGGAAUACGCCCACAAGCAACAGCCACUUCCCAACGUCAUCUCCGAUAUUGGGGUCUUCGUCCCAUUGUUUUCGGUAGGGAUCAAGUGCCGCGAUGUGGGUAUCCGAGAGCGUGUGUUGAGGUUGUUCCGCACAUGGCCGCAUCGUGAAGGACUGCAUGACUCAAUGUCAUACUUAUACAUGGUGCGGGAAAUAGCGAAGCUGGAAGGGGAGGCAGCCGAUGCUAAUGGGUAUGUGCCGGAGAAGGCGAGGGUGCGAACGAUGAUGUUUGAAAAGGUUGGAGAUGGAAAGCAUGCGGUGCUACACUACGCGUUAUCGGAUCCAGAGGCGAAAGAAUUGGUAAUGAGGAGAAGAGUUUUUGUAAUGGAUGAAUUGAUAUAA